UAAAAUUUUUGACAGAGAUCGGCGGGAUUGGAAAUCAGAAACAUUACAAAGAGGGGAAGAAGAUAACAAAAUGUACCAGAAAAGGGACCAAAAAACCAAAACCAAAACAAAACAAAACAAUUCCAAUCAGAAGAAAAAGCCAGAGAAAAGAAAGUAAAGCAGAAACCCCCAUUAUAAUACUAUCUCACAAGCAAGCAUAAUCAGAGUAAAAUGAGGAAAAAGCCAUAGUUAAAGUUGGAAGAAAAAGCGAAAGAGAAGAAAAACCCUCAAACAACUCACAAUCACACAGUCAGUCACACAGUACUACUAACACUAUAGUUCAAGAAAAGCUCGUAUCUUACCAGUCCCUUUCAUUUCUUCUCUGUCUUUUCGAUAAAUCAUUCUGUUCUUUUACCUGUCAGUUCAGCUCCAACCCCAUUCAUUUUCCCUCCCAUUGCUACCCAAUAUGGUCCCCUUUGUCAUGCAUUAAACACUAUCCAUGUUACCUCUCAGGUAUUUGUUGAGAUCGAGUUGAGCAAGAUGGUUUACUUGUGAGUUAGGGUUUGUUUGUUGGUGUGAAAUUAAUUUUUUCAAUGGAUGGGCGCAUGAAGAAAUAUGGGCAAUUGAGUCCAGAGAGAGCAAAAGUUUGGACUGAGAAAUCCCCUAAGUAUCAGCAGCAGCAGCCUGCACGGUUGAGUAGUGGCAAAGUGCAUGUAGUAUACUAUCUCUGUAGAAAUCGACAACUCGAACAUCCUCAUUUCAUUGAAGUACCCCUGUCUUCCUCCGAUGGUCUCUACUUGAGGGAUGUAAUUGAGAGGCUUAACUUUUUGAGAGGUCGUGGAAUGGCUUCGUUGUACUCAUGGUCUUGCAAGAGAAGCUACAAGAAUGGUUUCGUGUGGCAUGAUCUUUGUGAAGAUGACCUCAUUCUUCCUGCUCAUGGUAAUGAAUAUGUUCUUAAAGGCUCAGAGCUUUUCGAUGAAUCCGAUGCAGGCCGCUUCAGUCCUGCUGGAAAUGUGAGAUUGUCAAACCCAAAGCUGCUGCCGGAACCACAAUCCUCUAGAAGCCAAGAUGAUACUUCGUCUUCUUCUAGCAUGAAUGAAAAAGGUACAAAAAAUUCUCAAGAUGAUGAAUCAUCACCUCCUGUUCAACAAUCGGGUUCUUCAGCAGUAUCUCCUCAAUCGUCCAGUGCUGAUAAAAGCUCUUUAUGGAAUGGUUCAUUAAGCUUGGCAGAGUACAAGAUCUAUAAGAAUGAAGGCCUUGCCGAUGCUUCAACUCAGACUGAUGAAAAUGCUAGCAAAGUUACACCUCCAGAGACUUGCACGAGAGGUGUUUCGACAGAUGAUGGUUCUGUAGAGCCUGAAAAUAAUGAAAUUCAUGAGGUUCAGGUUCAACCGACAAAUGAAUCUGCACAGAUAUGCCGGGAGACAGUAUCGCCUGCUCCGUCUUCGUCAAGUGCAUCUUCAUCAGGUGGUAGAACAGAUACCUUGGAAUCCCUCAUCAGAGCUGAUAUAAAUAAGCUCAAUAGCUUUAGAAUAAUCGAAGGAGAGGAAUUUCGGGUUCCAAAAACUAAGCUAAAGCCCUCAAAUGUGCUGAUGCAACUAAUUUCUUGUGGAUCGAUUUCAGUGAAGGAUCAUAGUUUUGGCCUUAUUCCUACCUACAGGCCGAGAUUUUCACAUUCAAAGUUCCCAUCUCCUCUGUUCUCAACCUCGUUAACUUUAGGAGACUUUGAUUGCCUGGCAGAGAAUCCUAGGUUUCUGAGUUUGAGGUUGGAAGAUAAGGAAUACUUUAGCGGCAGCCUUCUCGAGACGAAUAUGCCCAAGGAGCCUACUCUUCUAAAGCGGUCGUCGUCCUACAAUGCUGACAGGACAAAUAAAGAACAUGCAGAUUCAGUUGAAGAUAAAGAGGAGAAAAGUUCAAUCAUAAAGUGCAUUCCGCGUUCCAUCAAGGCUUCCCUGAAUAAGCAGCAAGCAAGAAGCGAGUCAAUGAAAUCUCCUCUUUCUGAAGGUCCUAGAAUCUCAUCAGAUGGAAUAGGCAGUUCACGAACCAUUAUAUCCGACACAUCCUGUGGAGGAAGCAAGCGAAUUACACAGCCGUCUGACAAGAGACACUCAGAUAGAAUAGACUCUUUCAGAGAGGAGAAAGACAAUGUGAUCAAAAUUGAAGAAAGUUAAGUGUUACUGACUAAAGCUAUGCUAUUUUCCUUGUUAUCGAAUUACGUUGGUUGAAAUAUCCUCUUUGCUUCUUUUAACAGGCUUGCUUCAGGAGCUCGGGUUAUAAUACAGUCGAAAGGAGCUUUUGACAACUAUGAACAUUAGGCGAACCAGAAGCUUUCGGUUGACUAAGUGGGGACGUUUGUUAAUCUUGUAACUACUUGUCCUACUUUUAACUGUCCAGACAUGUUUUGUAAAUGCCAAAUAGGGAAAAACAUGGAGCAAAUUGAGUAUUUGCUGAUAGGGACAAGUAGUUAAAGUUUUGAGCUGGUUCUAUUGUACCUACCAUUGAAUUUUUUGAUCUUUUUUUUCUCUUCAGUUUUCUGGUGUAUAAUUGCCACUGAAAUGAUCAAGUGUUCCACCUUCAAUUCAAUCAAUUCAGUAUGUCUGAACAA